UUUGGAGUCGUGGAGAAUUCACAGUCUUUCUACAAUGGGAGAAAGGACAGAUUGUACGAAAUCACAUAGUUCAUUGGCUGAAUACAGCCCCGUCAGUAAAUCAGACAGGACAGAUGCAAGUGACAGCUGUGAAACGCAGGAUGGAAACCAAAAUACAAUGCAACUGAAGAAAGAAAUAUCUUUGAUAAAUGGGAUAAGCCUUAUAGUAGGCAACAUGAUUGGUUCAGGUAUCUUUGUCUCUCCCAAAGGAGUUCUCAUCUACAGCAAAUCUUAUGGAUUAUCUCUAGUAAUUUGGGCAAUCGGAGGGAUUUUUUCAGUCUUUGGAGCACUCUGCUAUGCUGAACUUGGAACCACUAUUACAAAGUCAGGAGCCAGCUACGCAUAUAUUUUAGAGUCUUUUGGGAGCUUCAUUGCUUUUAUUCGUUUGUGGACCUCACUCUUAAUUGUUGAGCCAACUAGCCAGGCAAUUAUUGCCAUCACCUUUGCUAACUACAUAGUUCAACCUUUCUUCCCUUCUUGUGAUCCUCCGUAUUUGGCUUGCCGUUUCAUAGCAGCUGCUUGUGAAU